GAGAAAGUCACACUCAGUCACACUCGGAGAUAUAAACACACGCGCUCACAGUCCUGUCGGGUCAAAGGGCAUUUUGUGGAGCUUUUUUCUUUUCUUUUCUUUUUUUUUUUUUCUUUUCCUUCUUCAGCCGAACUUGCAGAGCAGGAGCUCGAGGCGGACAUGGAGCGGGAGUUGCGGGUUUAGAGGAGUGGAAAUGGGCGCUCUGCUGGGACUCUGCCUGCUCUGGACCUGCCUGCUGUCGCCGACCGACGGCUCGCCGCUUCUCCUGUUCGCCAACCGGCGGGACGUGCGGUUGGUGGACGCGGAAGGUGUCCGCGGUGAGUCGGCCAUCGUCGUAAGUGAUUUGGAAGAUGCGGCGGCGGUGGACUUCCUGUACGCCGAGGGCCUGAUAUUUUGGACAGAUGUCAGUGAGGAAGCCAUCAAGCAGACACACUGGAACCAGUCGUCCAACUCCCUGAAGGAGGCCCUGGGGACGGGCCAGACUGUGGUGGUGUCGGGCUUGGACAGUCCGGACGGGUUGGCCUGUGACUGGUUGGGUAAAAAACUCUACUGGACUGACUCGGAGACCAAUCGGAUCGAAGUGGCAAAUCUUGAUGGCACCUCCAGGAAGGUUCUGUUCUGGAUGGAUUUGGACCAGCCCAGAGCCAUCGCCCUCAACCCAGCCCAGAGCUACAUGUACUGGACCGACUGGGGCGAGGAGCCUCGGAUAGAGCGAGCUGGCAUGGACGGCAGUAACAGGAAGGUGAUUGUGAACGCAGACAUAUACUGGCCCAACGGCCUCACCAUCGACCUGCUGGAGCAGAAGCUGUACUGGGCUGACGCCAAGCUCAGCUUCAUUCACAGAGCAAACCUGGAUGGAUCGGCACGUGAGACAGUGGUGGAGGGCACCCUGACCCAUCCCUUUGCUCUCACGCUGUCCGAGGACACGCUGUACUGGACCGACUGGCAGACGCGCUCCAUCCACGCCUGCAACAAGAACAGUGGCGACAAAACCAGAGAGAUUCUCAAUGGGAUUUACUCUCCGAUGGACAUCCAGGUUCUGGAGCCUUACCGACAGCCCGACAUCCGGACUCCCUGUAGCUUCCAAAAUGGAGGCUGCAGCCACCUCUGCCUCCUCUCUCCAGUGGAACCUUUUUAUAGCUGCGGCUGCCCCACCGGAGUCCAGCUCAAGGCUGACGGAAAGACGUGCAAGCCAGGUGCAGAGCAGGUUUUGCUGCUGGCUCGACGGACGGACCUGAGGAGAAUCUCUCUGGACCUCCCAGACUUCACUGACAUCGUCUUGCAGGUGGAUGACAUUCGCCACGCCAUCGCGAUCGACUAUGACCCGGUGGAGGGUUACGUCUACUGGACGGACGACGAGGUCCGGGCCAUCCGCCGGUCGUACAUCGACGGCAGCAACGCCAUGGUGCUGGUUACCACCGAACUCGCCCAUCCCGACGGGAUCGCCGUGGACUGGGUGGCCAGAAACCUGUACUGGACCGACACCGGCACCGACCGCAUCGAGGUUACCAGACUGAACGGAACCUUCCGGAAAAUUUUGAUCUCUGAGAACUUGGAUGAACCCCGAGCCAUUGUCCUGGACCCCGUUAACGGAUACAUGUAUUGGACGGACUGGGGGGAGCACCCCAAGAUUGAGCGAGCCAACCUGGACGGGACGGACCGAGUGGUCCUGCUCAACAGCUCUCUGGGCUGGCCCAAUGGACUGGCUAUCGACCACACCGCAGGGAAGCUGUACUGGGGAGACGCUAAGACGGACAAGAUAGAGGUCAUCAAUGUGGACGGCACGAACAGGCAGACCCUGCUGGAGGACAAGCUGCCUCACAUCUUCGGCUUCACCCCUGGGGAUUACAUCUACUGGACGGACUGGCAGAGGCGCAGCAUCGAGCGGGUCCACAAGAGCACCGCCGUGCGGGAGAUCAUCAUCGACCAGCUGCCGGAUCUGAUGGGACUGAAGGCCACUAAAGUGACAGAGACGUAUGGUACAAACGGCUGUGCGGUGGACAACGGCGGCUGCAGCCACCUGUGCUUCUGGCGCCAGCAGGCGGUCAGCUGUUCCUGUCCCAUGGGGAUGGAGCUCCUGUCGGACCUGCAGACCUGCGUGGUGCCCGAAGCCUUCCUGCUCUUCACCAACAGGGACAACAUCAGGAGCAUUUCUUUGGGCACCAACAGCAACGACGUGGCCAUCCCUCUGACAGGAGUCAGGGAAGCUUCAGCUCUUGAUUUUGAUGUCAGCGAAAGAAGAAUUUAUUGGACGGACAUACUGGCCAAGACGAUCAGCAGAGCGUACAUGAACGGCAGCUCCGUCGAACACGUGAUCGAGUUUGGACUGGACUACCCGGAGGGCGUAGCGGUGGACUGGAUGGGUCGCAACAUCUACUGGGCCGACACCGGCACCAACCGCAUCGAGGUGGCCCGACUGGACGGCCAGUACAGGCAGGUUCUGGUCUACAAGGACCUGGACAACCCGCGCUCUCUGGACAACCCACACUCUCUGGCACUGGAUCCAGCCAACGGCUACAUGUACUGGACGGAGUGGGGGGGCCGGCCUCGGAUCGCCAGAGCCUACAUGGACGGCAGCGUCAUCAUCAGCCUGGUGGACAAAGUGGGACGCGCCAACGGGCUCACCAUCGACUACGUGGACCACCGGCUGUACUGGACCGACCUGGACACCUGCAUGAUCGAGAGCACCAACAUGCAAGGCCUCCAGAGGGAGAUCAUCGUGGACGACCUGCCGCACCCGUUCGGGUUGACUCAGUAUCGUGACUUUAUUUACUGGACCGACUUCAACCUGCGCAGCAUCCAGAGAGCCGACAAACGCAGCGGACUCAACCGCACCGUGGUGCUGCAGGGCCAGCUGGAGCUCAUGCUGGACAUCCUGGUGUUCCACUCGUCGCGGCAGGACGGCUCCAACGAGUGCUCGCACAACAACGGCAACUGCGCCCACCUGUGCCUGGCCAUGCCUGCCGGAGCGCAGUGCCGCUGCGCCUCGCACUACACCCUCAACGCCGACGGCAAGAACUGCAGCUCUCCCUCCAGCUUCCUGCUCUUCAGCCAGAAGGCCAGCAUCAGCAGGAUGGUUUUGGGGGAGCAGAGUCCGGACAUCAUCCUGCCCAUCCACGUCUUGAGGAACGUCCGCGGCGUCAACUACGACCCGCUGGACCGCCUGGUCUACUGGCUGGACGGCCGGCAGAACAUCCGGCGAGCCAGAGACGACGGCUCCAUGGCGUCCAUGAUCGUGAGCAGCACGGCGCAGCCGGCAGACAACCAGGUCCACGACCUGAGCCUGGACCCCUACAGCCGCCACAUCUACUGGACCUGCGAGACCACCAACACCAUCAACGUGCAGCGGAUGGACGGGCACACGGUGGGCGUGGUCGUCAAGGACGACACGGACAAGCCGCGGGCCAUCGUGGUCAACGCCGAGAAAGGGUACAUGUACUUCACCACGGUGCAGGAGCGCUCGGCCAAGAUCGAAGGAGCCAGCCUGGACGGGACGGAGCGGGAGUCUCUGUUCACCACCGGCCUGAUCCGGCCCGUGGCGCUCGCUCUGGACAACAAGCAGGGCAAGCUCUUCUGGGUGGACGCCGACCUGAAACACAUCGAGAGCAGCGACUUGACAGGAGCCAAUCGCAUCGUCCUGCAGGACUCCAACAUCCUGCAGCCCAUGGGCCUGACCAUCCUGGGAGACCAUCUGUACUGGAUCGACCGGCAGCAGCAGAUGAUCGAGCGGGUGGACAAACUGACCGGGGACGGACGCACGCGCAUCCAGGGCCGCAUCACCUACCUGACCUCCAUCCACGCCGUGGAAGAGAUGGACCCCAAGGAGUUUGCGUCUCACCCCUGUUCCCGGGACAAUGGCGGCUGUUCCCACAUCUGCAUCUCUAAAGGCGACGGCACGCCUCGCUGCUCGUGCCCCAUGCACCUGGUGCUGCUGCAGGACUUGCUGCACUGUGGAGAGCCGCCCACCUGCUCCACCGAGCAGUUCACCUGCUCCACGGGGGAGAUCGACUGCAUCCCCAUGGCGUGGCGCUGCGACGGCUUCCCCGAAUGCGACGACAGCAGCGACGAGGACAACUGCCCCGUCUGCUCCACCUCGCAGUUCCAGUGCGACAAGGGAGGCUGCAUCGACGGCCAGCUGCGCUGCAACGGGGAGCCCGACUGCGCUGACCACUCAGACGAGCAGUACUGCGACGGCAUCUGCCCCCCGAACCAUUUCCGCUGUGCCGACAACCAGUGCAUCACCAAGAAACAGCAGUGUGACAAUUACUCCGACUGUCCGGACGGAUCGGACGAACUGGCCUGCGAAGUGUCUCCGCCCUCCGGCGGCCUCCCGAGCCCCGGCUCCGGCACCGUCGCCCCCGUCAUCGCCAUCAUCCUGCUGGUGUUUGUGAUCGGGGGAGCGUACUUCGUGUGCCAGCGCGUGGUGUGUCGGCGCUACAAGGGCCCCAGCGGCACGUUCCCUCACGAGUACAUCAGCGGGCCGCCGCACGUGCCCCUCAACUUCAUCGCCCCCAGCGGCUCGCAGCACGGCACCUUCCAGGGUAUUUCCUGUGGGAAGUCCAUGAUGAGCUCAGUCAGCCUGAUGGGAAGCAGCAGCAGCGGAGCGCCGCUGUACGACAGGAACCACGUGACCGGAGCCUCGUCCAGCAGCUCGUCCUCAACCAAGGGGGUGUUCUACCCACAGAUCCUGAACCCCCCUCCGUCCCCGGCCACCGACCGCUCCCUCUACAACGCAGAGAUCUUCUACUCCUCCAACAGUCCCUCCACCACCAGAUCCUACCGGCCCUACCACCCGGUCCGCGGCGCCGCCCCGCCCACCACGCCCUGCAGCACCGACGUGUGCGACAGCGACUACACCCCGCACCACCCGCCCUCGGGCCUGCCGUCCUCGGCGGGCCGCUGGAAGGCGGCGGGCCACGGCGGCCACGGCAAACAGAACAAGUACUACAUGGACCUGAACUCGGACUCGGACCCGUACCCGCCGCCGCCGACGCCCCGCUCCCAGUACAUGUCUGCCGAGGAGAGCUGCCCGCCGUCCCCCUCCACCGAGCGCUCCUACUUCCACCUGUGCCCGCCUCCGCCCUCCCCCUGCACCGACUCGUCGUGACCCCCCACCCCCCUCCAGGAAGAAAGGGAUGAAGUCCGCUUCGUGUAGAACCCCGCCGGACGCCCGGACGGCCCACUCGUGCUGCUUAAAACCGGCCGGCUCGGCUCCAGUGCCUUGCUCAAGGUCCCCACGUCUCACCUCGGUCAUUUCAUCAUUCCAGCCGUCAGGAGGCCCGGCAUCUGACCGCCGCCCCAGGGUGCCCGGUUUUGAACCGUCGCUCCUCCGUGUGAAGGAAACGCUCUCCGCCGCCGUCCGGACUCCUCAGAGCGAGCGGGAGGCGCCGCUCGCCCUCCUCCUCCGUCACAGCGGGAUUUAAAGAAACCAGUGGAAUUUUUAACCUUGUCUUUUGUUGUUUUUGACGUUCGCCCGCGGCGGCCGAUCCACCACCUCACCAACAGGACGGCUGCGCGAGCUGAAGACUGGACCGCAGAGUCCGGGAGUGCAGAUGAAUGUCAGGAGAGAAAUGAUUUCAGUGACUGAAUGAAUGUGAAUCAUAAUGAAUGAACCGGAUGCAUGGAUAGAAAAGCCCCCCCUCCUCCCCCGAGUCGUCCCUGUUGAUCCUCCUCACGUCCACAAACCAAAUGAAUCCGCACAUUGAAAGCUGUUGUACAGAUGUGUAAUGAAGUCAGUGAGAAUGCUUUGUUUUUUUUUUGUUUUUUUUGUGGUGAACCGUCUGUAUCACAUUUUACCUUUAUUUUCUUCCAGUUUACCAAAAGUAUGUUUGCUGCUAUUGUGUACAUACUAUAUUACUAUAUCACCACACAGAAAGGCCAAAAUGACCACUCUCGUACUGACUGUAGAUGAUGAAGCUAUUUUACAGCUAAUAACUGAUUAUUCUUCUAGCGUUCUUUCUUCUUUUUGUGUGUAGAUGAGUCGUUUCGUUGUGCGUCAGCUGCCAUGUCUGGUUUGAAGGAGUCGUGAAAGUCUUCACCGCUUCCAGAGUCAGCCGCACGUCUCAAUGCGUCUUUGUUUUUUCUUCUUCUUCUUCGUCUUUUCUCCCCCCACCCCCCGUCCCGUCUGUUGUCUGUUUCUGAAGUCUCGAUGAACUCAGCGACCGUCCCAGCACAGAGAGGCCUUGACGCAGGGCCGUUCUUCAGCGCUGCUGCGACCGCACUUUGAAAACACGCCCACUUCCACUAUCUGAAGCCCGCCGCUUCCCCACCUGAACCACUACCCCGAUGGAAGAACCACGCCUUAGAUCAGGGGUGUCCGACAAGCGGCUCCGGUCCGACCCAUUCUGUCACCAUUAAUAUGGAAGAUCCAGAGCCGUAUAGUGCGAGAGUUGCGGCAAUGACCAAUCGGUUCCUCCAUUUUUUUGUCCAGCAGUCGUCUCUGUAUUGUUUAUCUUCGUGUUGAGACAUCAGUGCCGUCCACAUGUCGCUGGAUGUUGCCUCAGUUCGACAUUUUGAUGGCACUGAUGGAAUAAACAAUACAGAGGGAAAAAUGGCGGUCAUUGUGUCAACCCUCUCACUAUACGGCUCUGAAAAAGUUCUGUUUAUUUUUUCAUCACAUUAGAUGUAAACUUUCUCGUGAUGUAUUUGCACUGAAAGGAAAACAGAAAAAGGAAAGUCUCAUCAAAAGCCUUUGAGAUCAAAUUCAGCUGCCGGUGGCCCCUCGUUCGACACCCCUGCUAGACCCUGCCCGAACCUUUCCUCUAUAGAUACAUUAGUUCUAUUUCUAAUUGCUGAUCAACAGGCUUUUUCAAGCUCUUUACAACUAAAGGAAUAAGCACUUUGCCUUUCGAAAGACCAACUUAAUGCCCCGUUUUAGUUGGAUAAAGAUAAAUGAGGUACAUCAGUAGCACUAAGUCAACAUUUUCACUCGGCUUCUCCAUACAGUAUCGAUCUGGCAACGUUCAGACAGGUCAGAGGUCACGGGGGGCCACUUCAGGCUCCCGUACCUCUGGAGAUGAGCGGCGAGAUUCAGCCGAGGUAGCUGCAGCAGCAUCCGUACAGUGAGCAGUACGACCAGCGAAGCCCUGCCUACAAACCACUGUGUCAGUAAAACCCUGUAAUUGUGGUCUCAGCUAAGAAUGCUUUGUGUAAUUUACACUUGUGACAUUUUUUGUAUCAAAAGCAUUUUUAUAUAAUAAAGGUUUUAUUUUAAGGAAUGUCGGGUCGAUUUCGAG